GAAUGCAGCAGUGAGCAGACAGAGUCAGGAAAUAGAGACGAUCACUUCAGGAAGAACGCGGGGAGGACGUCUCCGACCGACAAGCGGAUAAAUCUGAGAUUUUUACCGAGCAGAGGCUCUGAUUCGGAGUCACGAUGAACCUGUUCGCGGUGUUGGUCCUUCUGGGGACGGCGCUGGCCGUAAACUGCGACACUCACUCCCUCAACUACAUCUACACGGCGCUCUCCAAACCUGUCGGCCUCCCGGGCAUCCACGAGUUCACAGCCAUGGGUUUGCUGGACAACCGGAUGAUCGACUACUUUGACAGCGAGCAUCAGACAAAGGUUCCCAAACAGGAGUGGAUGAGAGAGCGUUUACCUGCUGAUUACUGGGAUAAAGGCACACAGUCCCGCAAGAGCAAGCAGCAGUGGUUCAAGGUCAACAUCGGCAUCCUGAUGAAGCGAAUGAGACAGAAUAACUCAACCAGUCCUUCAGCCCCUCACGUUCUUCAGUGGAUGCACGGCUGUGAGGGUCAGACGCAGCCUGACGGCACGCUCAGGUUUGUCCGAGGCAUGGACAUGUACAACUACGAUGGAGACGACUUCCUGUCCUUCGAUGAUAGAAGCGGAGUCUGGGUCGCUCCGACUCCCGAGGCACAACUAACCAAGAGGAAGUGGGACGGCGUCCCGGUGCUGAAAGAGUACACCAAGGGCUACCUGGAGAACGAGUGCAUCGAUUGGCUGAGCAAGUUUGUGAAUUAUGAACAACAGCAGCUACGAAACGCCUUGAAACCUGACGUGUACGUGUUUGGAAAGAAGGUCAAAGGGGGGACCAACCUCAUCCUGACCUGCCUCGCCACAGGCUUCUACCCCAAAGACAUCGAAUUGCAGAUCAAGAGGAACGGACGUGUUCUGACUGCAGACGACGGACUGAAGAGCUCAGGUGUUGUUCCGAAUAACGAUGAGACCUUCCAGAGACGAGACCAUGUGGAGAUUCUGAAGUCUGACCUGUCAAAGUUCAGCUGUGAAGUCGUUCAUAAGGCAUCCAGUGUGAAUGUUAUCAGUUUCUGGGACCACAGCAUGUUUAAAGAUCCUGAGACUCAGACUGAGGGAAACAUGGGUGUUAUCAUUGGUGUUGUAGCUGUAGUCUUGGUCCUGGUUAUUGUUGGAGUGUCUCUGGUUCUGAUCUUAAAGAAACGGGGCAUUAUUGGAGGUGAUGGCAACAAAAGUGGCGGCAGCGGGUCACCUCUCAAUCCCAGCCCCACUGGGUCACAGCGGUCCGACAGCCCUACCGGUGACUCUGACCCUUGUCUCGCUGUUGUCUCUGAAAACCAAAACCAGCCUGCAGAGCAACAUGAACUCCUGCCGAACAAGAAUGGAGAAGGAUGUGAGCAGAAUGGUGGUGAUCAGGUCUGAAGCAUCCAUGAGAACGUCCAUUACAGCACAGAAGGACUUACAUGAACCAGAUUUCCUUAAACAACAGAUACAUUUACCAUUGGGCAGAGCACACAAACUAGGGGACAACGAAGUUAAAUCUUUUUCUUUCUCAGAAAACUGGAUUAGUAAAAAAUGUUCUUUUACUGUUUUCCAUGUAAUGGGUUUUAAAAAAGCAUGAAUGAUUCUUUAAGAUAAUCCUGUCACAGUGAAAUUUAGAUGAACAUGUUUAAGUGCUCACAGGUCAGCAGUGUUCCUCCAGGAGUUUAAAACCUAAAGAGUUCAGAUCAACCUGAAAGUAUGUGGUCAGUACCAAAUGGAGGAUUUACUCAAAGCCUAACAUUUAAAACCAGGUUUAUAGACCAGUCAGGGUUUCGUUCAAAUUGGAUGGGUGGAAUUACCAAAGCACUUUAAAAGACAUUAAGACAGAUCGUAACAUAAGAGCAUGAAAACCUGGUGCUUCACUGGUGUUUGAUUCAGUAAGUUUCUCGGUGACACACUUGAGACAGAUGGAAAAAAAUAUUUAGGAGUGUGAUGUGGUUUGUUGUAUUGGUGUAUAGAAGUAUACAUUAAAAACAAAGACGAAAAAAUCAGAAAAGCAUCAAAAUGAAUUAAAA